AUUCGUAUUAUUUUUAUAAAUAUUAAAAACUUACAAACAAAAUAUUUGAGCGAAUAAAACUUUCGGAAGAAUUUACAAUUUUUCGUUACCCACAAUGCUCAUCGAACGAAACUGCCAUUUUGUAGUAUUUUAGGACGGGCGAUUUAGGCUUAAAAAAUGGCAGAAGCUAAAGUUGAGAAGAAAAAGGAGAAGAAAGAACAACCAGAAGAAAGUACACCUGCAGCAAAAAUCAAAGAACCCGUAAAACCUGGCAGAUUGUACUGUAAAGCGGUCUUUGUCGGAUACAGACGUGGUCUUCGUAAUCAGCACGAAAAUACGGCACUCUUAAAAAUAGAAGGCGUCGUCACUAGAAAGGAAACAAAUUACUAUCUUGGAAAGAGAUGUGCCUUUGUUUAUAAAGCUAAGAAUAAAACAAGAGUCCCGGGGAAAAAGGACAAGUUUACCAAGUUGAGAGUCAUCUGGGGCAAAGUCACCCGACCCCACGGAAAGAGCGGUGUGGUGCGAGCCAAGUUCAAGAGGAAUCUUCCGGCCAAGGCGAUGGGAAGACGAAUAAGAAUCAUGAUGUAUCCCUCUCGGAUUUAAACAGGUUACUCUUGUAUAAAUAAAAUCCUGGCGAUAGUCAUUCUUUUGUGAUCUUA